ACACACACACACACAAAACCCUGCUUUAUUCCCUUUGAACUCAACCCUAAAAAGAGGACGAUCCCACUCGAUCCUCUUGUGUUCACAAACAACAUCCCCUCUCUGUCUCUCUCUGUCUCUCUUCCGCUCUCUCUUUCUCUCUCCCACUUGAACUCAAAUCUAAAGAAAGAAAGAAGCCAAACACCCUCUUUUGCCAUUGUUUGUUCCCACAUAUAUUAUCCUCUGUUCCUAUUUGUGCAUGAACAUUACUAAACAGUUGUUUAUUCUUGCUGCUUUUACGUAACGAAAAUGGCAUCACCUUCUGAACUAAGCCUGGACUGCAAGCCCCAUAGCUACUCUACGCUACUCAAAUCUUUUGGAGACCAGAAUGACCAGACCCAGAAGCUCGAAGACUUCCUUUCUCGUCUUGAGGAAGAACGCCUCAAGAUCGAUGCUUUCAAGCGAGAGCUCCCCCUUUGCAUGCAACUCCUUACCAAUGCUGUGGAGGCUUAUAGGCAGCAGCUACAGGCAUAUAGAGCGAACCUAGGUCCAAGGCCAGUGCUUGAAGAAUUCAUACCCCUCAAACACUCAACAUCUGAAAUCUCAGAGAAAUCACCAAACAAUUCUGAUAAGGCAAGUUGGAUGGAAACUGCUCAAUUAUGGAGCCAAGCAAGUGAUGGAACCAAACCACAAUCCACAAUUAUAUCCCCUAAAGAACCUGAUAUUGGAUUCAAUGUUAGUCCAAAACUAGCUUUAGAUACCAAGCAGAGAAAUGGAGGAGCCUUCCAUCCAUUCUCAAAAGAAAGGAACCCUUGCCCGAGUCCAACUUUACGGGCUCUUCCUGAUCUAGCUCUUGCCUCCUCUGAAAAAGAGAUGGAGGAUAAGAAGUGCUUGGACACUGAGAAUGGAAUUUCUUGUCCUAGAAGAGAGAAUAUUAAUGGUAAGGUUAGCAAUGGAGGGGUGGUGGUUGAGCAAGGAAAAGGAGCUGGUAAUUCAUCAGAGGGGCAAACAAAUGGUGCAAACAAUUCCUCUAACACCAAUCAGACUCACAGGAAAGCAAGGAGGUGUUGGUCACCUGACUUGCAUAGGAGAUUUGUGAAUGCUCUUCAGAUGCUUGGUGGUUCUCAAGUGGCCACUCCAAAACAGAUCAGGGAGUUGAUGAAGGUUGAUGGUUUGACCAAUGAUGAAGUUAAAAGUCACCUGCAGAAAUAUAGGCUUCACACCAGACGACCAAGCCCAAGCCCACAAGCAGCUGGAGCACCAACACCCCAGCUUGUAGUCCUAGGUGGCAUAUGGGUCCCACCAGAGUAUGCCACGGCAGCAGCAGCUCAUUCAGGAGCCUCAGCACUGUAUGGUGCACAUCCAGGGUCUCAUGCACCACCACACUAUUGUGCAUCACCAGUACCACAAGACUACUAUGGUGCACCACCACCACCUCCUCCAACCCACCACCAAUUGCAUCACCACAACCUCCACCACCAGCUACACGUCUACAAGACCACGUCCCAGGCCCACAGCUCCCCGGAAUCCGACAUCCGAGGCACGGGGGACCGGUCAGAGAGUAUAGAAGAUGGCAAGUCAGACAGCAGCAGCUGGAAGGGUGAGAGUGGUGAGAAUAAUGGAAUGAGGGAGAGAAAAGGGUUGGUUGCACUUAGAGAAGAUGGUGAGGAAAGCAAUGGAAGUGGGAUUACUCUCAAGUUCUAAGGCUAAAAGAGUUUUAGGAUUAGAGGAUUUAGAAGAGUCUAUUGCAUGUUUGUAACUUUGUAUUGUAUCCAUGUGUUUAUUCUAUUUUGUUGUUAACAAAAAAAUACAUGUUGGUAGCUAGAGGGGGGUAAAAAGGGCAUAAGGAAAAAGUGAGUGUUUGUUUUCUUUUCCUUUUAUGCUUUGAUGUCCUACUAAUUGGAAAAGAUUGAAGAUUGGAUUAUAUGGUUUUUGACGUUUUCAGGUA